AUGAGCUCGCUGCAGGCGACGAAGCUGGGCUGCCUCGCAGCCCUGGCGGUGCUGCCGCUGCUCUGCGGCCUUCUUCCGGCAGCAGUGCUGCUCCGCCGCCGCCGCGGCGACGCCGCCCCUGGGACCGGUGCGUGAUCGCGCGAGGCCGGGCGUCGCGGGCGGAGCAUCCUCAGCUGUGCGGCCGGAGGGGUCUUUCUGGCCGCUUGCCUGCUGGACAUCGUCCCUGACUCGCUGGCCGACCUGCGGGAGGAGCUACGGCGACAAAGUCUCUCGCUGGACUUCCCAGUGCCUGAAUUCAUCCUGGCUCUGGGCUUUUUGCUAGUACUGGUGCUGGAGCACGUGGUCUUAGACUGCACUGAGCAGUACGGAGAUGAAGCAGCACUUCCACUCUUGCCCGGCCCCACUUCCCCGCCCUGUGAAGAGGCCCACCUUGGAGAGCAGCCUAACGGGGCUGGAAUGCCCGAAACACACUUCGCCUCCCCCUUCCGCUCCCUGGUGCUGACCCUUGCGCUCUCACUGCACUCAGUGUUUGAGGGCCUUGCUGUGGGCCUUCAAGACAUGCAGACCAAAGUGCUGCAGCUGGCCGUGGCCAUUUUGCUGCACAAGACCAUCAUUGUUUUCAGUCUGGCCCUGCUAUUGCUCCAGAGCUGCCUGCCACUGCGCUGGCUUGUGGCCUCCUUUUCUAUCUUUGUGCUCAUGUCUCCGCUCGGUGUGGGCCUGGGUAUGCUGGUGACGCACAGCCCCGAUGCAGGAAGCAUCACAGCCCAGGCUGUGCUGGAAGGGGUAGCUGCUGGAACCUUCAUGUACAUUACUUUCCUGGAAAUCCUGCCUCAAGAGCUGAACUCUCCCACCAGUCGCUUGCCUAAACUCCUUGCUGUUUUGCUGGGCUUCUCAGGCAUGGCCUGCCUGCACCUCCUGACCUGA